AUGAAACGACGUAAAAAGAUUAAAAAAGUUUUAAAAUUUCAGUUGUCCAAAUUCAAGCUAACGAAUCGAAGCUUACACUUACCAAUUAAUGCCGAUACUGGAACAGUAGCUUUAACAAAUUACGACACCU